AUGGCGUCUUCUCAAUCAUCGUCAUCAUCCAUCUCGGAGCGUGGUGACGAACCUACCGAGCAAAAGUCCAUGCCUCAACUGGAAACUCUCAUCUCCCACUUACUAGCCGCAAAACGUUCCCUCUCCUCCAUCAACCAUGUCUGGCGCGCCAACGAGAUCGUCACUGCCUCCCGCUCUGCUCUCGAAGAAAGCGUCGUCUCCUCCUCCCGAACCAACUUCCUGCGUCGUGGACUGAAUACCCAGCUCAGACUGUUGUACAAUGUUCGGGCCGAGGUGGAAGAGAUCUCAUCCCGUGGUCGGCACGAGUUUGAGGAAGCUUUGGGGAGCUUGGAUGCCGCCGAUGCGAGGUUGCGAAACACUCUUGACCUUCUCCGUGAGACGAUCGUCGAUGCAUCAUUUCGCCCCAAGGAUGAAGAAUCAAGAAGUCUGCACGACUUCGUGGACGAACGUGGGGUUGAGGAGCUACACGGGGCGAUGAAAAACUCCAUAGACCGCACUAAUACUGCGCGCGGAGAUCUGGACACCUCUAACCGGGCAUUUGACGAUGAGCUUGCCUCCAUCAAACAAGCUCUCCGACACUACCGCUCUGCUACCAAAAUGGCUUCUUCUCGCGCGUCGGCAUCUUCGACCUCAUCGGCUUCGGUGUCAGACUCUGAUCUGCUCGCAUUGUCAGAGAUGCCGGGUAUGUUGCAGUCACUUGAAACACAUGCACAGGAAAUGGCCAGCCUCCUAGAAUCCCUAGUCUGCCAUUUUGACCUGUGCGUUACGGCAGUGAAGCACACGGAGGGUGGAGGCGCAGCCGCUCGUUCCAUUACGGGCGACAUGCCUGCCGAAGUCCAAGCCAGCGGUGACGGAAUACCCAAUAUCGGCGAAGAGAUCAACGCGAACCUAAACGCGCCCCUUGAUCCAAUGUCAGAUCAGGAAUACCAGGAGAUGGUGAGUGUAUUGAUGAAAGAUGCCCUUGAAGCCGAGGACGUGGUUAUGGAAAUUCAAGAUCGCAUCAGCGAAAUGGAAUCCAUACAUGAACAAGUUAAUGUGCAGCGUGAUGCACUACUCUCAGUCUCAAAUGCCACACUCGAUGUCCACCGCCAUCUCUCCACUCUCGCGUCAAAACGACUACCGCGGUAUAUCUCCCAGGCACACAACUUCACGCAGGUCUGGAACGAGGAGAACGAGCGCAUCAACUCCGGUCUCGGCGAAUUGUCCGACCUUCACUCCCUGUACGAAGGCUUUUUAAAUGCCUACGACAGUCUAAUCCUCGAAGUGGCCCGGCGAGCUCAUGUUCGCGCCCGCGUCGAGAAAGUCCUCCACGAUACCAAACGCAAGUUAAAUCAGCUCCACGACGAGGAUGUCGCAGCCCGCGAAGCUUUCCGCGUCGAGCAAGGCGACUUUCUCCCAUCCGAUAUAUGGCCUGGUAUCGGCCGAGCACCCAUGCAGGUCGAAUUCCUUCGUGUUUCGGGUGGUCAGCUUCCAGCACUUGCAGAGGAACAGGAUCCCGAGCAGACUGGAGCUGAGACUUGCCCUGAGCCCAAGGCGGGCGCAGUGGAUGACAACGCCAAUGGCGAGAUUAUUCCCGAUUUACCGAAAGAUAUGGUUGAGCAGGCUUAUGAACGAUUGAAAGCGCGCGGUGGUAAUUUCUUCUAA